AUGGGGGACCCGGGGACCGCCUUCGGGCCCGAGGUGCCCAAGCUCACCGGCAUCGUCUGCACCGUCGGUACGGUCGAACGAUCGCGUCGAAAAGAGGAUCGGAACCGAUUCGGGUCUUCCCGCACAGGUCCGGCGUCGCGGAGCGUGGAGACGCUGAAGGCGAUGUACCGCGAGGGCGCCACGAUCGUGCGACUCGACUUCUCGCACGGGACGCACGACUAUCACCUGGAGACGCUGAGGAUGGUGAGAGAGGCGGAGGCGGAGGCGGACGAGGCGACGGGGUAUGCCCACUGCGUCGCCGUCGCCCUCGACACCGAGGGACCGGAGAUUCGCACCGGCCGGGUCCGACCGGUCUGUCGUCUGCCGUUCGACGGAAACGCGUCUACCGUCGACCGAUCGCUAGACGCUCUCGAGGGACGGAGUAAGCGACGUAGCGGACGAAGCAUCGUACGCGGAAUCGGGACGGGGGACGUCGGAGCGAAGGCGGUGCCGGGUCUCCGGUCCGUCGCGAGACGGCCUCGAGGCCCGCGCGAAGCCCUUUCGCGUGCGUCGGUCGGGCCCCCUACGACGGCGGGUUCGCGAACGCGAGACGGUCGACAGGGGAAGGAAGUCGUGCUGGAGAGAGGAAGGAGAGCGAUCGUCUCGACGGACCCGGCUCGCUCCGACGCGUGCAGCGAGAGGCUCAUCUACGUGGAUCGUCCGAAUCUGGCGACGGCGGUCCGGCCCGGGCAGAGGAUCUUCGUCGACGACGGUCUCCUCUCCCUCGUCGUGCGGAACGUCCUGGACGACCGGACGGUGGAGGUGGAGGUGGAGAACGGCGGGUGCCUCGGCGACCGGAAGGGCGUGAACCUGCCCGGCGUCCCCGUGGAUCUCCCGGCGGUCACGGAGAAGGACGAAGAGGAUCUCGAGUUCGCCGCCGCCCACGACCUGGACUUCGUCUUCGCUUCCUUCGUCCGAGACGCGGCCGGCGUCCGCGAGAUCCGCAGCUCUCUCCGCGACUCGUCGCGAAAGUCUCUCCGCGACUCGUCGCGAAAGUCUCUCCGCGACUCGUCGCGAAAGUCUCUCCGCGACUCGUCGCGAAAGUCUCUCCGCGAAAGGGCUUCUCCGGAUCGCUUGCGAGCGAUCUUUUCCCUCCGGUUUUUUUCACUCUCGUCCGAUUUCCUCUUUCCUCGUUCUGUCGCAGAGGAGAAGGGGGCGAAACCGGGACGAACGAAGAUCGUGAGCAAGAUCGAGAACCGGCAGGGCCUGGAGAACCUGCACGAGAUCGUCGCGGAGUCGGACGGGGUGAUGGUCGCCCGCGGGGACUUCGGCGCGAACGGGGAGAUCGAGAGCCUCGCGGAUCGGAAGUCCAUCGUCGCCGCGUGCAUCGCGGCGGGGAAGCCGGCGAUCGUCGCGACGCAGACGAUGGACCCGACGGCGAGGAACCCGCUGCCGACGUCGGCCGAGGUGUCGGACGUCGGAAACGCCGUGCUGGACGGUGCGGACUGCGUGAUGCUCGGCGCGGAGACGGCCGCCGGGGAACGUCCGGUCCUCGCCGUCCGGAUCGCGGCCGAGAUAUGCGCCGCGGUCGAGGCGAACGGAGACCGCGAUGACCGGGUCCCGGAGCCCCUCGAACGCGUGCGUCUUUCUCUUCUCGCUUUUUCCCUUCCGCGGUGA